UUAUAACAAUCGCCAUAGAAGGUAGGAUAAUAGCUACCACCCAAAGAUAUGAGACUGCGUCUACCUCGCUCUGUGAAGGAGCAAGGUGAUAGUGAUAAUGGUGAUGAAACGACACAUAAUCGUAUAUCGCAGAAUAUUCUGAAGCCUAUACUGUUUUGUUUAGGCCACUGUGUGAACACUUUUGUUUAUUUCUUGUACUACUAUAUUACUUACGAUAUAUUCUGUCGUACUGUGGAGUACCUUGCAACAUGGCACAUAUUGAAACUUCACAUUUUACAGCGUAUGAUGCUGGAGGGAUUAUUAAUUGUUUGUAUAUCCUACUCAUGGUCUCGUUAUUUAACGCAGGGCUUUGAUGGUGAUGCUUUCAGUCAUGUCUUAUAUUGGCAUUACCGUUUGAUAAACAAAAGGGAGAUGGUAUCGCGUUUUAUUGGAGCACUAUUUGGAGGCGUAUGCUGUGGUAUGUUACUGGCAGUGGUCAGUAGGUACUAUCAUAGUUCAACUAUACCAAGCCAUGUAAAUAUCAAUGCUACACUCCGUGAUUGUGCGGAUUGCCUAACCUUUGCUGAGAUUAUAACGCUGCCGUUUGUUCAUAUAUACACGUACAUAAAUCGGGUAUGGCUUUAUGUAACUGGGUCUAGUAUUCCUAAAGUAAGUGACAUAAGUUUCAAGUUGUCACCUCAUAGUCUGUUUCUGUUGGAGAACUUUAUAUUUGAGUUCCUAGGCUGUUUGGCUAUUUACUUAGUGCUUACAGUAACGUUGGUACUGGACCGAUUUGGCAAUGGUUGUGCGUUGUACGCUGUGUUUAAAAGGAUGACUUCGUUUUCCCUUAACAGUUAUUUGCUUAAUAUAGACAGCUGGGUAUCCCUAGACGCUGCUGUUACUAUACGCCGUUACUUUGUCGAGCGUGACUUGUCUAUGUUGCUCGUGAGGUUACUUGCUAAUUUCAUGGCAGUUACAGCUGCUGCGACGGCUUUUAAUCCAAUGAGUCGAUUGCGUCAUUGUGAUUUUGUGGACAUGUACGUCAACGUGAGUCGAUCGAAGAAGCAAUCAAUGUUACCGAAAAAUGGUACAUGUGCACAGAUCGACACUAAAAAUGUAGUUGACAGUGAUAUCAAGUUUAGUGUAUUUCCCCAAAGUAUUUUGGGCACUGUAUUCACUCGUCUGACCAAAGGCGUCAGUAAGGUUAAGAAACAUUAACCGUUACAAAACUCAAUUAUUAAUAUUGGUUCACUCCAAACGG